AGAGAGAAAAUAGAAAGAUCUUCGUAGAUCAGUUUUGGAGGGAAAGCGGAUGAAACAUAAAGAAAAAAUGGCGGUAAGGCGGCAAAAGAGGCAAAAAUCUCCAUGUCCAAACCUCUCUACCCUUUUCCAGAAACUCCAACUUCAUCCAUUCCUUUCAAACAACAGCUCUCACUUCACACCGCCUCCAUUGCAGAAGACGAAAGUAUUUAUCUUUUCAGAUUCGAUUGAUUCUGUGGAUGCGAAUGAUAGCAGAGAUCAAAGCAUUGAUGCCUUCUAUUUUUCGUUUGAGAAAAUUUAUUAAAUGAUCAUAGCAAAGUUGGUUCUGAGGCGAAUCAGAUUAAGAUCUCCGUUGCGGUGUUCGCAUCUGCCACAACUCGCAACUCCGCAUAACUGUAUCUAGGGGGAAAUGCUUGGAGAUAACGCAGAGCGGUAAGCUACAAUAAGUACUCUUUCGAUAUAUUCUCGAUUUCAAUUGCUUUAUAUUUUUAGUUUUUUAGAUGUUUAUAGAAGAUUUAAUAUGCAUAAAAUAGCUUAUGUGUUUGUAAUGUACCUAUAUUUGUGUGCUUGAGAGAAUCUGCAAUAGUAAAAACGAUGUUCGUUA